UUCUUGUGUCUAGGGCGUUUACUAAUCAGGUAACUGCAAUGGCUGAAGAAGACUGCUCCACUGUACUCUACAUUGAGCCUUACUAUGGUGGCUCACACCAGCAGCUGAUGGACCUACUCAUGGAGGAGCUCCCUGGAGACCUGUACACUUUGCCUGCAACUAAGUGGCACUGGAGAAUGAGGACCUCAGCUCUGCAUUUCUCACUCACAUUACCUCACAAAGAGAGCUACAGGACUUUAUUUGCUAGCAGUGUGCUGAAUCUGUGUGAGCUGAUUUCUCUCCGUCCAGACCUCAGCAAGCUACACAAGGUUAUCUAUUUUCAUGAGAAUCAGCUCAUAUAUCCGGUACGGAAACGACAGGACAGAGAUUUCCAGUAUGGCUACAACGAGGUGCUGUCUUGUCUAGUUGCAGACAAAGUGUUCUUCAAUUCCAGCUUCAAUAUGGAGUCUUUCCUCUCCUCCAUCGACUCUCACUUGAAGCUCCUCCCAGACCACCGACCACAGGGACUGGCCGAGACCAUCAGAUAUAAGUGCUCAGUGCUCUACUACCCACUAAAAAUGGAAGUACCUCUCAACUCACCAACCAGAGACAUUGUACGGGAAGCCUGCUGCAAGUUGCCAAUAGUAGCUGGUAGCCCUAAAGGCCAACCUCAUACGAAUACCACUGUCAAAAUUUCAGAGAACAUUGGUGUAGAAGGUUUACGCAUUUCUAUGGAAACUGUUGCUACAGCUCACGCUCCUCUACACAUUGUAUGGCCCCACAGAUGGGAACAUGAUAAAGGGCCUGAUGAGUUCUCCUCUGUCAUCACCAAGCUGCUGGAUGCUAACAUUGACUUCACACUGUCUAUACUAGGAGCUCACACCAAUGACACACCAGAGUGUUUCUCGAGUUUAUUCCCUCGUCUGGGUGCUAGACUGGUUCACCGUGGUCCAGUGCCUCGUACAGAGUAUUGGGAAGUAUUGGUAUCAGCUGAUGUGGUCGUCUCAACAGCCAGGCACGAGUUCUUCGGAGUGGCCAUGUUGGAAGCAGUGUCUUGUGGGUGUUAUCCGUUGUGUCCUAAUCGAUUGGUCUAUCCCGAGCUUUAUCCAGAGGAGUGUCUAUACAACACUGAGCAACAGCUCUUUAAGAGACUCAGGAGGUUCUGUACACACCCACACCUUCCAAGACAAGCAGCGGUACACAAAAUGAUGUGUCUGGAGAGGUUUCACUGGAGGACUCUGAAAGAAGAGUACAGUCAUCGUUUGAACAUUUCUCAUUGCAAAGAUAAACAAUCUCAAACACUCAUAGAAAAUGAAUCAUAAUAAUUGUUAUUUCUAUAUUAAAAUUGAUGUCACAAAAUUAUUGCCAAAUUAAA